CAGCUGUGCCCGGUGACGCAAGUGACAUACUCCCGCCAAUUCCGACUGCGUAGCGCGAGACAGGCGGCGGGGAAGCAGAGGCGCUCUCUGUUGAAACAAAUGACCAAUACAUGUCGGUUGUUUAAGCAACAAACGUAUACAUUUUUAUUAUUUCCACGACGUGUGUGCCGUCAUAUCCAAACUCCAUCCACUGGAAAAAAGUAGUUAGGAUGUUGGCGGCAGAAACACCAUCGGUGGAGGGACAUUUGGCUGCAUCUACACCCCGAAGACGAGGUAUGGACUGCAAAGCAAGCAACAAGAAACUCAUACAAGCUCGCCUCCCCUUCAAGCGUCUGAACCCCGAACCCAAAGAGAACGCGCUGCCCAAGCGUCCUCGUGCACACGCCUGUCCUGAGCCACAAGCCUCUGACCUGGAGAACCACGAGUCCUCUCCGCUCAACGCGCUCAGUCGACCCCCUUUGGUCAACGGCCGAGGCCCCCUGGAUGGCUUCCUUAACCGCGGCCCCCCCACAGCAACUGACCCCGUCAUAGAUCUAACGGAAGACACCAUGUCUCCGGUCAAGAUGUCAGAUGCCCCUGCCGCAAUCGAGCGCAAGUUGAAAGACAACGCAAGCGCAAGCACGUCCCCCAGGAAACCGAGCGGUGCGCACCACUCCGCUGACGUGCACACGUUAGACUCCACACGCGUCCCGGCCAAUAAAGAUGAAGCCAAAGAAGCGGAGGGUAAUGGCGGCUCCAUGCUUGACACGACACAGGACUCAGACAGCGAGCCGGAGGAGCUGAACACGUCGGAGAAUGUUUCCAUUUUGGGGAACAAGUCAUCCAGCAGUUCCACACACGACAGCUCGCCAGAGGGGAGCGAAACCACCAUGCCCACGGAGCCGGCAACGACUCCUAAAAUUCCUGCAGAUGAGAAAAAGAUAAGAAGACGCUCGUUAAAGAGUCCACAAGCGCAAGAGGAGAGGCUUCGGGUGCGCCAAGAGAGGGAGCGGCAGAAGGAAGAGGCCAAGGCCGCCAAAGAGAAAAAGAGGGAAGAGACCCGCAAGCUGAAAGAGGAGCGUGAGAAGGAGAAGCGCCAGAAGAAGGAGAAAGACGGGCAGGAGAGGCGGGAGAAGAAGGAGAAGGAGGAAAGGGAAAAGGCGGAGAGGCUGAAAGCAAAGGAGGAGCAGCGCAAAUCCAAGCUGGAGGCCAAGCUUGAGGAGAAGCGUAAGAAAGAGGAGGAGAAGCGUAUGAAAGAGGAGGAGAAGCGCAUGAAAGAAGAGAAAGACCGUCUGAAAGCUGAGAAAGCAGAGAUUACCAGGUUUCUACAGAAAUCCAAAAUCCAGGCAGCCCCAAAGACUCUGGCGGCCGCCUGUGGGAAGUUCGCUCCAUUCGAGAUCAAAGACAACAUGUGCAUGGCGCCACUGUGCCGGGUUCAGUUCGAGGAGUCGGCCCUGGAGGAUCUGGACCGGUACUUGUCUUACCCCAGUGACAGCCCGUGCUCACUGAAGGACUGGAUCCAGCGGAAGCCUCGCUGGUCAGGCCCUACCCGACCCAGACCGCCAAACCCCGUUAGUGACUGUGUAGUCGUGGACGGGCCCAAAGGAGACGGCGUGCCGGACCGCAAACAGUUCGGACCCAUGAAGCUGCUUCUGUUUCACGAGAACUACCGACCGGCUUACUGGGGCACUUGGAGGAAGAAGAGUUUGCACAUCACACCACGCUGCCCCCUCAGGCAAGACAAGGAUUUGUUGGACUAUGAGGUGGACAGCGAUGAAGAAUGGGAGGAAGAAGAGCCCGGGGAGUCCCUCUCACACAGCGAAGGGGAGGAUGAGGAGGAAGGGGGUGAGGAUGAUGACGAUGAUGACGACGGCUUCUUCGUUCCUCACGGAUACCUUUCGGACGACGAGGGGGCCCUGGAAGAAGAGGACGGCGGCGACCUGGAAAAGCAGAAGCUGCAACAGAAACUGAAAGCGCGGGAGUGGGACGAGCUGAUGUCCACCAAGAACAAGAUGAAGGUGUUGCAGCCGCUGGUGCGGGGAUGCAUCUGGGAGGGGGAGGCGCCUCACUCUGACCUCCUGCAGCCGUACGCCGUGUGCGUCAUCAAACCUUUACCCAAAGCGGCCACCAGCCCCAACCCGCAGGAGCAGACUCUAAGUUGUGCUGGAGAAGUGCAGUUGCUCAGAGAGCUGCUGCCGCUGUUGCACGGCAACCUGAACAACAGCAAAGCCAUCAUCGCAGAGUUUCAGGAGUUUUGUCGUCAGCAGACGUCGUCUUCCACGUCAACCGCAGGACCGUCCACCCCAGACAGAUCACCUGACAUGCCCACUCGGAUACAGCUGAGGCGUCUCAUCAAGAACAACGCCGUGUAUGAGAAGCGCGCCGCCUACCGACGCUGCUGCUGGUACGUGCAUGCCGACGUGCUCGCCCGCUUUUCCCUGGAGGCUCUCCCGGUGCCGUGCCAGUGGUCCUACCUGACCAGCGGCGCUCGAGAGGAGUCCUCCCGUGAAGAGAAGCAGGCGGCCACAGGCUCCCAAGGAAACUCCCCCGCCACGCCUCAGAGGUCCCCCGCCACGUGCUCGUCUUCCAACAAGAGAAAAAGCGCGGGCAGUAUGUCCAUCACCAAAUUCAUGAAGCGAUGCAGAGACCCCGAACAGAUGGAGGCAACGGAGGCAGACGAUGAGGAUGAUGACGACGAUGACGACUGUGUAGUUGUCUCCAUACAGAGCAGCGCAGCCAGAGAGAACUCCUCCAUCGAGGGUGACGACGUGAUGGAAGUCACGCACUCGGGAAAGGCCGCUCUCCCGGAGGCCAGCGCCGCUCCCACCUUGGCCACGGCCUGAGAAUUCACGGAAUUCCGAGAUAAAGCACCACACUGCUGCUGCAGGUCUGCUCACACUGACUUCACCUGCUCAACAUUGCGCCGCGGACGGGCAUCAAACCUCACAGGUGCGUUUCCAUACGCAAAACAGCAUUAUUUACGGUUCUUACAAAGAUCUGCAUUGUAACCUUCAAAUACUUCUUUUCGACACACACAAACCGGAUUUUACCGAGAAAUGAAAAAUUCCUGUUUAUUUCUAACCUUGCCAGCUGACUGGAGUAGCCAAGAGAUGUUUUAUAUAAAUAUGUAUUUUGUAUUUUGCAACAAUACUUGAACAAGAGCAAAUUCAUUAAACAAGAAUAAAAUGGCUGCAGUUGCUGAUUGUGGUCCUGCCAGAGGUGGCGCUGUUGUACAUCUGACGUGAAAUAUUGAUUUUUUUUUAGCAUUUCUAAUAAUCUAUCAAACAACUGAGCCGCCACUACAAUUUUAACUCUUUCUCAGUCUUUAAUAUCUGCUAUGAUAUCAAUCAUACAUAGUUGUAUGAGUUAUUUAGCAGUGUGGAAACCGUGGUGUGUACUGGGGGAACAAAUGUUUUCAAAUAUGUUUAUCUGAACUGGAAACUAAAAGCAAGCGUAUUCAAGCGCCAGAGUCCACGCCGAGUACACUUGGCAGGUC